AUGAUUGCGCCCUUGGCGUUUAGCGUCUUUCUGACGACACUUGCGGCUGUCUCUGCGGAACCACCUGUGAAUUCCUACCUUCCACCUGGUUCAGGAGGUGGUAAAAAUGGUUUAGGCGGUUCGGCACCCAGUUCCUCUUAUGGAGCUCCAGGAAAUGGUGCCGGCGGUGGCUUUGGAAAUGGUGGUUUAUCUUCUACAUACGGAGCUCCUAAUGGAAAUGGAGGAAAUGGUGGGUUAUCAUCUACAUACGGAGCUCCCAAUGGAAAUGGAGGAAAUGGAGGCGGGCUCAGCUCCACUUAUGGUGCUCCCGGUGCAAAUGGAAACGGAUUUGAAGGUGCUAGCAAUGGUCUGAGUGCCACAUACGGUGCUCCAAACGGUGGUGGUUUUGGUGGAAACGGCAAUGGCGGUGCCCCAAGUUCUUCAUAUGGUGCUCCUGGUGCUGGCAACGGAGGAAAUGGAGGCGGCCGUCCAUCAUCUUCUUACGGUGCACCCGGUGCUGGUGGAUCAGGCAAUGGAUUUGGGGGAAGACCAAGCUCAUCUUACGGAGCACCUGGGAACGGUAAUGGUGCUAACGGGGGCCGAGGCGGCCGACCCAGUUCAAGAUAUGGUGCACCGGGCAAUGGCAACGGUAACGGUAAUGGCAACGGAGGUCGACCAAGCUCCUCUUAUGGUGCGCCAGGAUCUAAUGGAAAUGGUGGCCGACCGAGCUCGUCAUACGGAGCUCCUGGUUCUGGAAAUGGUUUUGGGGGAAAUGGCGGUAGGCCUAGUUCAUCCUAUGGAGCUCCAGGGGCUAACGGAAAUGGAAACGGCGGUGCUAUUGGACAGCCUAGCUCUUCUUACGGAGCUCCAGGCCAGAAUGGUAAUGGUGGCGGCUUAAGUUCAACAUAUGGAGCACCAGGAGCAGGCAAUGGUGGCUUCGGCGGUAACGGCGGUGGUCUCAGUUCUACAUAUGGUGCACCAGGAUCAGGCAACGGUGGCUUUGGAGGUAACGGACUUAGCUCUACGUAUGGCGCUCCUGGAUCCGGAAAUGGAGGCUUCGGUGGUAAUGGAGGUGGGCUGAGCUCAACAUAUGGCGCACCUGGAGCAGGUAAUGGGUUUGGAAAUGGUGGUGGAUUAAGCUCCACAUACGGAGCACCUGGUGCAGGCGGUGCUGGGGGCGCUGCUGGUUUUGCGGGCGGACUCGGUCAAGCAGGAGGCGCUGGAAGCUUUGGAUCUAAUGGCUUUGGCGGCAGCGGCUUUGGAGGAGACGACGGAAGCAGUGAGCCGGCCAAGUAUGAAUUCAGUUAUGACGUGCAGGAUCCCGAAAGUGGAAACAGUUUUGGGCACUCAGAAUCACGAGAUGGAGAUUUAGCAACAGGUCAGUUCAACGUGUUGCUACCAGACGGAAGGCGUCAGGUUGUAGAAUAUGAGGCUGACGCUGACGGUUUCAGACCACAGAUUCGUUACGAAGAUGAAGGAUUUGGCAACGGUGCAGGAGGUGCUGGUGGUGCAGGCGGUUACGCAUCUGGAGGCCCUGGCGGUGCUGGCGGCGCAGGUGGCUAUCCAGGAGGCGCUGGAGGUGCUGGAGGCGCAGGUGGUUAUCCGGGUGGAAGUGUUGGAGGUGCUGGAGGAUAUCCCGGUGGUUCAGGAAGCGGUGUUGGAGGUUAUCCAGGUGGAUCAAAUGGCGGUGCUGGAGGUUAUCCAGGUGGAUCAAAUGGCGGUGCUGGAGGUUAUCCAGGUGGAUCAAAUGGCGGUGCUGGAGGUUACCCUGGCGGAUCAAAUGGCGGUGCUGGAGGUUACCCUGGUGGCAGCAAUGGAAAUGGAGGAUAUUCAAACGGAGGAUCAAAUGGCGGUGGUGCUGGAGGUUACCCAGGUGGCAGUAAUGGAAAUGGAGGAUACCCAGGCAGUGGAUCAAAUGGAGGCGCUGGAGGUUAUCCAGGUGGUAGCAAUGGAAAUGGAGGGUAUCCAGGAGGAAAUGGUAAUGGUGCUGGAGGUGCUGGCGGUGCUGAGGGAUACGGAAGCGGAAGACCAGCCAAUGGAAGUCCUCUGGGGAGCGGAUAUUAA